AUGUCGGGACUCAUGUACGAAGGUCCGUCGACGUCCGAGAAGCCGGAUCUCGGCCUGGACAAUGUCGCCGAGAGUUCCUUCUGCCAGUUCUUCCGCUCCAUGCCCCCAAGCACGCCCGGAACGCUGCGCCUCUUUGACCGCUCCGACUUCUUCUCGGCCCACGGCGACGACGCCAUCCUCAUCGCCAACCUCGUAUUCAAGACACACUCCGCGCUCAAGUACCUCGGCAGCGGCGGCAAGGACAAGGGUCUGCCCUCCAUCACACUCAGCGUCGCGGCGGCCAAAAACUUUCUUCGCGAGGCGCUCACUUCGCGUCAGAUGCGCGUCGAGAUCUGGAGCAACGCCGGCGGCAAGCGCAACAACCAGUGGACCAUGCUCAAGCACGCCUCCCCCGGCAACCUCACCCAGCUGGAAGACAUGAUCUUUGUCAACGCCGACAUCGUCAGCGCACCCAUCGUCAUGGCGCUCAAGAUGACCACCCGCGACGGCAUCAAGACCGUCGGCGCGGCGUUUGCCGAUGCCACCAAUCGCGAGCUGUGCGUCGCAGAGUACGCAGAGAACGACCUCUUCUCCAACACAGAGUCGCUCAUGAUCCAGCUCGGCGUCAAGGAGUGCAUCCUCCCCAAGGACGACAAGGGCGCCGACCUCGACCUCACAAAGCUGCGCGCCGUCAUCGAGCGCUGCGGCGUCGUCAUGUUCGACAACCGUCGCGCCGACUUUUCGGCCAAAAACAUCGAGCAGGACCUCCGCCGUCUGCUCAAGGACGAGUCGGCCGGAAUCACCAUCCCCGAGCUCGACCUCAAGGUCGCCAUGGCCGCAGCAGCUGCGCUCGUCUCCUACCUCGCUUUGCUCACCGACGAGCACAACUUUGGCCAGUAUACCAUCCGCACACACGACCUCUCCCAGUACCUGCGUCUCGACAACUCGGCACUGCGCGCCCUCAACCUCUUCCCCGAGCCGGGUCAGACGGGCUCGAGCAAGAACACCAGCGUCUUUGGCUUGCUCAACCGUUGCCGCACCGGCCAGGGCCAGCGUCUGCUCGGCCAGUGGCUCAAGCAGCCCCUCGUCAAUGUCCACGCCAUCCAGCAGAGGCAGGACCUCGUGGAGCUCUUCGUGCGAGACAACAGCUCGCGUCAAAACGUCCAGUCCGACUUUCUCAAACUCAUGCCAGACAUGCAUCGCAUCAGCAAGCGCUUCCAAAAGGGUGUCGCCACGCUCGAGGACGUCGUGCGUGUCUACCAGGCCGUGCUCCGCCUGCCUGGCUUGAUCCAGACGCUCGCCGACAUGGACACGCCAUCCGAGGCGCACCAGCUCUUGCUCGAUUCCACCUACAUCGAGCCCCUCAAACUGCACGAAGCGGCGCUCGCCAAGUUUAUCGAGCUCGUCGAGGCAACGCUCGAUCUCAACGAGCUCACGCACCACAACUUUGUCAUCAAGCCCGACUUUGACGACAAUCUGCGUCAGAUCAAGGAGGCGCUCGACGACACGCGCGACAAGCUCGACGAGCAGCACCGCGCAGCAGGCAAGGAGCUUCGCAUGGACACCGAAAAGAAGCUGCAUCUGGAGAACCACCACGUGUACGGAUACUGCCUCCGCGUCACGCGCACCGACGCCAGCCUCGUCCGCAACAAGAAGGGCUACUCGGACAUCGCCACCGUCAAGGGCGGCCUCUACUUUACCAACGAAGCGCUGCGCGACCUCUCGACCGAUUUCAAGGACCUCUCGGAGCGCUACAACCGCUCGCAGAGCGGGCUCGUCAAGGAGGUCAUCCAGAUCGCAUCGUCGUACUGCCCGCCGCUCGAAAAGCUCAACGUGGUGCUCGCGCAUCUCGACGUCAUUGUCAGCUUUGCACAUGUCUCCGAGAGCGCGCCCGUGCCGUACGUCAAGCCAAGAGUGAGCGAAAAGGGCACCAAUGCCGACCUCGAGCUGCGCGAAGCCAGACAUCCUUGCCUCGAGGUGAUGGACGACGUCAACUUCAUCCCCAACGACACCGAGAUGGUGCGCGGUGCGUCCGAGUUCCUCGUCAUCACGGGCCCCAACAUGGGCGGCAAGUCGACCUACAUUCGUCAGGUGGGCAUCAUGGCGCUCAUGGCUCAGGUGGGCUGCUUUGUGCCUGCCGCCGAAGGAGCGAGGCUGCCCGUGUUUGACUGCAUCCUCGCGCGUGUGGGUGCGGGUGAUAGCCAGCUCAAGGGCGUCAGUACGUUUAUGGCCGAGAUGCUCGAGACGGCCACCAUCCUCAAAACAGCCACGGCGGACUCGCUCAUCAUCAUCGACGAGCUCGGACGCGGCACGUCGACCUACGAUGGCUUUGGCCUGGCGUGGGCGAUCAGCGAGUGGAUCGCCACCAAUGUGCGCUGCAAAUGUCUAUUUGCCACGCACUUCCACGAGCUGACCAACCUGGCGAGCCAGCAGGCGCACGUGCGCAACCUGCACGUCGUCGCGCACGUCGAACAGCGUAAAGGCGGCUCGCGACAGGACCGCGACAUUACGCUCCUCUACAAGGUCGAGCCGGGCAUCAGCGAUCAGAGUCUGGGUAUCAAUGUCGCCGAGCUCGCCAACUUUCCGCCCUCGGUCAUCGCACUCGCAAAGAGAAAGGCCGAGGAACUCGAGGACUACGACGAAGACGACGCACAGGCAGCUGGCGGCGUGCUCGACAGCCUGCCCGAGGACGAGACCAAGCAGGGGGCCGCGCUCAUCGACGAGUUCCUCACCACCUGGGCUAGCCGCACCAAGCACCUCGAGCAGGACGCAAAGAGGCGCAGGCACGCAGACACCGACGAGGAACUGCAGGAACUCAGAAAGGUCGUCGACGAGUUCCGCCCUCGCAUCGAGGCCAACGCGUGGGCCGCCAAGGUGCUCGAGAGCUUUUGA